UACGCCAUCCUAUCCCACGUUUGGGACAAAGAGGAACAAUCCUUCCAGGAGCUGCGGAGGCUCGCGCGGGAGUGCGCGGUGACCGGCGCGAAUCCUCGCGACCUCGCGUCGCCCAAGAUUCGGCGCUGCUGCCAGCUCGCUGAGCGCCACGGCUACCAGUGGCUGUGGGCCGAUACUUGCUGCAUCGACAAGACGAGUAGCGCCGAGCUCUCCGAGGCCAUCAAUUCCAUGUUCCGCUACUACUCUCUCGCAGACGUGUGCUACGCUUACCUCCGCGACGUCCCCCGCGACGAUUUCCUGCAUAAUGCCGACUCAGCAUUCCGGAGGAGCAAAUGGCACUCGCGUGGCUGGACGUUGCAGGAGCUGCUCGCGCCCAAGUUCCUUAUAUUCCUCUCUCAGGAAUGGGUUCCUCUCGGCUCUAAAGCCGACCUCGCACCCUUAGUGGAGGAAAUCACGGGUAUUCCAUGCGCAGUCCUGACUUUCGGGAUGUCGGUGGAGCAAAUCAGCGUGGCCCGGCGGAUGUCUUGGGCAGCUGGGAGGGAGACAACGCGACCCGAAGACGAAGCGUAUUGUCUCAUGGGCAUCUUUGGAAUCAGUAUGUCGACUCUCUAUGGAGAAGGUCGUCGGGCGUUCGGUAGGUUGCAGGAGGAGAUCAUGAAGCACACUCCCGAUACGUCUCUAUUCGGGUGG